AUGACCACUCCUUCAAACAACAGCUCCUCUAGUCCCCAGAGGGCCACUGCGACACGAGACGCCAUCCCUCUUCCCGACGCAGCUCGCCGUGUCAUACGCAACCAGCGAGGAGGUGAUAUGCACAGCACGCGCGGUGUGCAGAUCCUCCAACGAGAGACACUGCCUUCCAGUCGGUCUGCUAGGCGUGUGCUCACGCCUCAGAUGCAACAAGCUCAUGGCUCGCUCGGCAGCUCACAGCGGAUGCCCACGCUCCAAGAAAUGUACAACACGUGGCGCUCCCUCGAAGAACAGAUCAGUCAGAUGCGCCGCCUUCCCAUGUUCGUCAAGGCUGAGCUGAAGUUCUGUCACGGUUGCCGUAUCCUCAAGAUCCGUUGUACAUGCUUCGACUACUCUCAAUUGGAGGCGGUAUACCAAGAAAAGGACCGCAUACUACGAUACACAGCCCUUCGCGAGUUCCCCAUCGAGGGGAAAACCUAUGCAGGCAACCUGCACAUGGGAGCUCACCUCAAUCAUCCCGUCGCGGAUACCAACUUCACGGCAGAUACAGUUACGUAUGAUACGCAGACUGUUCAAAAUGUCGAGGCAUCUGGUUUUGAUUUCAACACAGCCUUGACUACGUCCACUAUUGGCCCUACAUCGCAGAACAACGCAAUGACUUUGUUAUCACCGUCAUCUGCUGGGCACCGUCAGAGCACUGCAUUGCCUGCAUCUGCAGGCGCGACCGCUCUCACUCACACUCCGACACUGGUCAAGUUUGAGCUUCGCACUAUCAUCAUGGCAAAAGAGAAGAUUGGCACCCAAUCGCGCCGCUGGCAGUGCCAAUACGGUCUGUCUGACAAUCCCGAGGACCCUAUCUGCAAACGCGAGGAUGACAACAUGGACACAAUCCGCCGCCACUACGGCCGUGAGCAUGGCAGCCACCGCUUCCACAAGAAGCCAAUCCUCCGCAUUCGCUGCAGCCACUGUGAUAUUACAUACGACAAGCAACGCCCUCCUUCCAAAUGCCCUGGCUGCAAGGUUGACCACGGCAUUUGGCUCCGGGAGAUUUUUGCCAUUAUCGAAGUGCCUGUGCCUCUCAACAGCCAAGAGGAGACGAACGGUGGGGGCGGUCCUGGCCAUUUGGGCGGUGGCUCUAGCAGCUUCGGCGGCUUCGGCGCCUCGAGGGGAUUCGGUGUCUCUGGGGUCCCAGGUGCGGAUGGUGCAAGCGGUCUUCACGGUGCCGGCGGCUUCGGCAACGCUCAUGGGCCCGGGAGCGCUGGAAGUCCCGCUGGCUUCCAUAGCGCCGCUGGGCCCAGCGUCGUCCAAGCAUGCAGGCCGCAAGUCGACAGUACAGAGGUCAGAACGAUCCCAUACGACCCAGCCACGGGUAUGCCAGAGUGUUACAACGACAUCUGCAACAACACCACGGCUGUGCCGGUCAUGCCACUGCCUGGCGCCGUGGCCCACGCCAGCGACUCUCCAGUGCAACGGCCGUCGUCGUCGUCGUCUUUGUCGACAGCUCAAUCCCAGGCGCAGUCGCUGUCGCGGUCUCUGUCUCAAGCACAAUCGCCCUUCACCCAAGGUUUCUACGCCGUGGGCCGCGGCUUGCCUUUGUCGCCUGCCACGCACGUAGCCUAUGCCAUAACGACGCCGUCAAUGUCUCCCGGGACGCCCAUGUCGCCGACCUCGCCGGCGUCGAAUGUCAGCAGCGCAUACGACGCGGAGACGGCGGCCAUGUUUCCGCGCGAGUUUCAGGGUAUGGCCGUAACCCCUGGCCAAUGCCAAGUGGACUUUGCAACUCUGCCCAUGGUCAACAGUGAUGCCGCUUUCGGUGGUCCUGUUGGCGGAGUUGCCGGUGAAGGCGGCGGUGUCCACAGCCGUGCAACUGACUCUCCGACCGUUGUCGGCCACCACGACACCCCCGGCAUUGGCCCCGGUUCGGAUCAGGACUCAGUAGCUGCGCAACCGCCGGCCCCGUCAGGCACGGUCAGAAUGGUCGACGUCCAGAUGUUCAUGGACAUGGCCGCUGCUCAAGUGGCCCCAGCCGUUUCCCCGGCUCAGAAUGAUGCCGUCAGCAGCAACAACGGUCCGUGGAAGGGCAAGUGCACCACCGAGAGCGAGUUCUUUUAUUUUGCGGAUUAG